GUUUGUUCGGCUUCAGUCGGGUGUCAAUCUCUAACUUUGUUUUAAUUUUAGAAAAUAUCAGUGCUAUCGCCGUGCAAAUGAAUUGAAAAUGGUCUAAUAUCUGUGAGAUGUGUUUAUUAUCGCACCUUUACGGAUAUUAUUCGUGAAAAACUGUUGUUUCCGCCAUGACAAUGGGUCGCAACAUCAGGAAGUCUUCGGCGACAUUUGGUCUAUAUUUUGCAUGUAUUGCGUUGUGUUAUCCAGUUUUAGCUCAAGAAACCAUAGACAUAGAUUUGCCUCCGCCGAAGGGUGAGAUCGGCGGCGAUGCGAGCUUCAACUGCAGCGUGUCACCCGAAACUGCGUCGGUCGAGUUCCUCUUCAAGGGGCAGCCGAUCACCGACGCUACACAUCCUAAGCGGUUGAAAGUGGUACCAAUCGAAACGAAGUUGCCCGACAAAGACCGCGAUGGCAACACGAGGAAGCGCAAAACUGUCAAGUUGACGUUGAGCAACGUCACCGACGCUGACGCCGGCGACUACGUCUGCCUGGCCAAACUUGGCGAGCUGACAGAUAACAGGACUGUGACCCUGGAUCUCAGAUUCGAUGGCAAGCUGGUGACCAAGACCGCUGGCCCCUUGAAGCUCAAUGUGUCUGACACCUCUCACGUGAAGCUUUACUGCGAAUUCGAAGUGUACAACAAGCCAACAGAAGUGCGGUGGUACAAGAACGACACCGACGAAAAAUCGCCGGAGCCGCAACUUCGCAACGCGAACCCGGUCGGACUGAAGCGAAUCAACAGCACCUACGAUAUACACAUCACGGCCAACGACAGCGGGACUUAUGUCUGCGAGAUCAACGAUACUGUCUCCAAUACUGUCAUCAGGGGAGCGAUUGACGUCAUAGUGUAUGCGCCGCCGGAAAUCGUCGGCUUCAACGUCACAGCCAUAAACACGACCCAACUCUACAUCAACUGGACGGUCCGCGCCUACAACUCGCCCAUAGAGUUCUACACGCUCCUCAUUAGAGAACUACCCUCAAAAGACUUCAGACUGUACACGCGCGAGAAAAUUGGACAGAAAAACACUUCGUUCGUCAUCAACGGCCUAAACAAAUCCACGGAGUACGAGAUCAAGUUGGAAGUGAAGACGAAGAAUUGGGUCAAAAAUGGAGAAUGGUUACAUAAGAAUAUCGUGAAGACUUUGGACAAGGAGCCGGUAUUUGUUCCUAAUAUUUCUAUAAAGGGAUUCUCUGCGACCUCGGUGACGAUAGGCUGGCCCCCGCCACCGAAGGAUAUAGCCGACUUAAUACACUACUACAUACUAGAGGCAAGGAAGAAGGACGACAACAAGGCACGCACGGCUUACCACUCGAGAGACGGUAGAAAUCUACCGUACAUGUUCGAUAAUUUAGAGCCUUAUAGCACCUACGUGUUUCAGGUAGGAUUUUACAAGAUUAACAGACAUUAUGGCUCACUGAAGGUGUCCGCCUGUUCGGACUACUCUAAGCAAUGCGGCCAGUGGUCCGAGAAGAUGGAAGCGGCAACCUUGGACGGCAUUCCGGGGAAGCCCAGCAACGUCACCGUGGACUGCACCGGCGGCUUCAUGAAGCUGGCCUGGGAGCCGCCGAGGAAGCCCAACGCUGAGAUCAAGGGGUACUCGGCAGCAGAACUGGUCGUUUUGAAAAUCCUUGGGGCGGCCUUUGUGCAUCCUUUGGUUGAAACGGCAAGUGGGAGAGCAUUCGGUUCGGACUACUCGAAGCAAUGCGGGCAGUGGUCCGAGAAGAUGGAAGCGGCCACCUUGGACGGCAUUCCGGGAAAGCCCAGCAACGUCACCGUGGACUGCACCGAAGGCUUCAUGAAGCUGGCCUGGGAGCCGCCGAGGAAGCCCAACGCUGAGAUCAAGGGUGGGAGAGCAUUCGGUUCGGACUACUCGAAGCAAUGCGGGCAGUGGUCCGAGAAGAUGGAAGCGGCCACCCUGGAUGGCAUCCCGGGGAAACCCAGCAACGUCACCGUGGACUGCACCGAAGGCUUCAUGAAGCUGGCCUGGGAGCCGCCGAGGAAGCCCAACGCUGAGAUCAAGGGGUACUCGAUUGAGUUGACGGGCAACGCCACGUACAGAGACCGAUUCGGAACUGUGAAGGAAGACAUGUGGGGUCCCCUCGCUAGAUUCAUGGCCAACGACUCCAGAGCUGCUAGGUUCGACGACCUGCAACCGAACAGCAACUACACGGUCCGCCUGAGCGCCAUGACGCGCACGCGGCGCCGCGGCGACGAGGAGACGCGCCACUGCAGCACGCCCCCCGCCCCGCCGCACUCGCCGCCCCGCCCGCGCUGGCGCAAGAUACUGGAGGAGGACAAAUUCAUGUUCAAGAUGUACCUGCCGAGAAUAACUGAGCGCAACGGCCCUAUUUGCUGCUACAGGGUGCACAUGGUCCGAAUGCUGCCCAACACGGACUGGAAGAACCUGCCUUCUCCUCGGGACAUCAGCAUCAUCGACUACGAGGAGGCACAUGCUGUUCAACCGGUGCUAGGCGCCUACAUCACUGAUGUCUUCUCCAACGACAAAUUCCCCUCGGAUUCCGAACUAAUAAUGGGCGACAGGAAAAGCCUAUUCGACGAGAAGGAACCAGUUUUCGCCAAAGACGCCUGCCGACGGUGCCUGUUGAAACCUCGGCGGCUGCCUCCAGACUUGCCAGUCCCUCCCACUACCACAACCAGCACCACCACUUCUAUGCCGACUACUACUGAAGAUGAUUUACUGGAUGAUACCACCGAGGACGUGUUGGAAGUCGAAGAAAACGUUAAUAAGGUCCGGAGGUCUUUGGGAAGCGAUUACAACAACAACCCAAUGAUGAGGGAUAAAAACGAAGAUGACAAGCCUGACAUGAAGCUGAGACCCAACGAUGGACCUUUGGACUCCACCUCCAACUACACUAUGUUUGUGGAGUGCAUCACUGAGCUGAUUGACGUGGCGCCGAUAUACAGCGAGUAUGUAAACGCGCUUACGCCGGCACCAACGCCGCCGGUUGCCGUCGCCUCCACACCUCUCGAAGUUGCUUUGCAGGUGACUUGUGCCAUCGCAGCUGUCGUUCUACUGGGCAUGAUAAUAUUCUGCAUUCUCCAAACGCGGCGCUCACGCAAGCUGCCGCCGCCGGCGCAUGAGAUGAACCGCAUACAGCAGGCUCUCAGAUACGUGGUCGGUCACAUCGGAGGCCGGCAGCAACUGAUCUCCACAGUUCCCCCAGACAUGCCGCCGAUACCAAAGGACGAGCUGGCGGCGGCCUAUGCCGAGAGGCAGCUGGACUCCGACUACGGCUUCCAGAAGGAGUUCGAGAUGCUCCCGGAAUGUUUCCCGGACCGGACCACCAACGCUUCGGAGGCCCGGGAGAACCAGCCCAAGAACCGGUACCCGGAUAUCAAGGCGUACGACCAGACCCGGGUCAAACUGUCGCAGAUAGACAGCAUAGCCGGCUCGGACUAUAUCAACGCCAACUACGUUAUGGGAUAUAGGGAACGCAAACAGUUCAUCUGUGCGCAAGGUCCCACCGACACCACCGUCAACGACUUCUGGCGUAUGAUCUGGGAGCACGGUCUUGAACUGAUCGUGAUGCUGACAAACCUGGAGGAAUACUCCAAGGUCAAGUGCAGCAAGUACUGGCCUGACGAAGUGCGGGGCGCGAGGGCUUUCGGCGCUAUUACUGUGCAUCAUGUUGGUGAGAAGAGAUAUUCGGACUACAUCGUCAGAGAGCUGAGGAUCACCAAGCAGCCAACGAACGCAGAUGGACAACCAAUAAUUGAGAACAACGGCAUUGCUAAGAGGAAUGGUGACUGCAAAGAAGCAUCAGACUCUAGUGCCCCUACCUCCCCGCGGGAAGCCAAAGAUUCAGGCGAGGGCCGUACCGUCCGCCAGUACCACUUCCUCAUGUGGAAAGACUUCGCGGCGCCUGAACACCCUCACUCUAUACUCAAGUUUAUCAAGCGCGUGAACGAAGCGUGGUCAAACAUGGUGGGGCGUCCCGUGGUGGUGCAUUGCUCGGCCGGCGUGGGCCGCACCGGCACCCUGGUCGCGCUGGACUGUCUGCUGGAGCAACUCCAGGCCACCGGCCACGCCGCCGUGUUCAACACGGUCGCCGAGCUGCGCCGCCAGCGGAACUUCCUCGUGCAGUCGCUGGUCAGUACCCGCGGCCACGUGGCUCCCCCACCGGCCCCUCGUGGCCUGGACUGCUGCCGGAGCGACUGCAGGCCACCGGCCACGCCGCCGUGUUCAACACGGUCGCCGAGCUGCGCCGCCAGCGGAACUUCCUCGUGCAGUCGCUGGUCAGUACCCGCGGCCACGUGGCUCCCCCACGAACGCAAACAGUUCAUCUGCGCGCAAGGUCCCACAGACACCACCGUCAACGACUUCUGGCGUAUGAUCUGGGAGCACGGUCUUGAACUGAUCGUGAUGCUGACAAACCUGGAGGAAUACUCCAAGGUCAAGUGCAGCAAGUACUGGCCUGACGAAGUGCGGGGCGCGAGGGCUUUCGGCGCUAUUACUGUGCAUCAUGUGGGUGAGAAGAGGUAUUCGGACUACAUCGUCAGAGAGCUGAGGAUCACCAAGCAGCCAACGAACGCAGAUGGACAACCAAUAAUUGAGAACAACGGCAUUGCUAAGAGAAAUGGUGAUUGCAAAGAAGCAUCAGACUCCAGCGCCCCCACCUCCCCGCGGGAAGCCAAAGAUUCAGGCGAGGGCCGUACCGUCCGCCAGUACCAUUUCCUCAUGUGGAAAGACUUCGCGGCGCCGGAACACCCUCAUUCUAUACUCAAGUUCAUCAAGCGCGUGAACGAAGCGUGGUCGAACAUGGUGGGGCGUCCCGUGGUGGUGCACUGCUCAGCCGGCGUGGGCCGCACCGGCACCCUGGUCGCGCUGGACUGUCUGCUGGAGCAACUGCAGGCCACCGGCCACGCCGCCGUGUUCAACACGGUCGCCGAGCUGCGCCGCCAGCGGAACUUCCUCGUGCAGUCGCUGAAACAAUACGUGUUCGUGUACCGAGCGCUGGUUGAGUAUGCUCAUUACGGAGACACGGAGAUCCCGGCGUCGCGGCUGAAAGCAUCCAUCGACCGGCUGCGGAACACGCCUGAAGGCGCCGACAAGUGCCUCAUGGAGCACGAGUUCGAGGUUGGUGGCGCAUCAGACAAAGCAUUUCCUCUUGAAAAACGUUCAGAUGACUCCAGGAGCAAGGUGCCGUUCUGCACGACGUCCUCAGAUCUCAGCGUCAAUGGGCAAGAAGCGGUGGCGGAAGGGGUCGAAGACUGA